AAGUGUGAGGCUAUCAUGGAAACUGAGGGCAAGGUGAUCAAGUGCAAGGCAGCAGUGGCCUGGGAACCCGGAAAAGCACUUUCCAUUGAGGACGUAGAGGUUGCCCCUCCCAAAGCACACGAAGUACGAAUUAAGGUAGAUAGUAUGUUGUCAUCUGGAGUAUGUCACACAGACUGGACUUUCCUGCAUGAGGUUGGUAAAACUAUGAAUCCUCAGCCCUUUCCUGUGGUCUUGGGGCAUGAGGGGGCAGGAGUGGUGGAGAGUGUUGGUCCAGGUGUCACAAAGAUGUCUAAAGGAGAUAAAGUUAUUCUUCUAGUCGUGCCACAGUGUGGACAAUGUGAACGCUGCCUGAGUCCAAAGACAAACCUCUGCACCAAAAACUGGGAGAAAACUCAGCAGUGUGUUCUUGCAGACGGCACUAGCAGGAUCACCUGUAAGAAUCAGCAGAUUCAUCAGUUUAUUGGUAUCAGCACCUUUUCUGAAUAUACUGUUGUGCCAGAGGACAACGUCACCAAGAUUCACCCAGACGCUCCUCUGGACAGAGUCUGUCUGCUGGGCUGUGGAGUAUCUGCAGGAUAUGGGGCAGCAGUGAACACAGGCAAGGUAGACUCUGGCUCUACAUGUGCGGUGUUUGGUUUGGGAGCUGUCGGACUAGCAGCUGUCAUGGGAUGCAGGGCUGCCGGUGCCACCAGGAUCAUCGCCGUUGACAUCAACCCAGACAAGUUUGAGAUCGCCAAGACUUUUGGAGCCACUGAGUUUGUGAACCCAAAAGACCACAAUAAACCCAUUCAGGAGGUGCUGAGGGAGCUGACUAAUGGUGGCGUUGACUUUGCUAUUGAGUGUGUUGGGAAUGUGGGUGUCAUGAGGGCUGCUGUGGAAGCGUGCAGUCCUGCAGGGGGAGUCUGUGUGAUGGUGGGCUGGACCCGGAUGGGGGAACUAACUCUGGUCUCUGAGGAUAUUCUGCUAGGAAAAACUCUCAAAGGCUCCUAUUUUGGCGGUUGGAAGAGUGUUGAGGCGGUGCCUAAGUUGGUGCAGGAUUAUAUGAGUGGGAAGAUUCUGCUGGAUGAGUUUGUGACACACAGACUGACUUUAGAUCAGGUUAACCAGGCCUUCGAUCUCAUGAUCACCGGAAAAAGUAUUCGUACAGUGAUCAAUAUGUGAAAUGAAGGUAGCGUCCUGUCUUCCUCCAACAGGACAAUGUUUAUAUUUUUUUCUUACAUUACAUCCAAAGGAGAACAUUCAAUAUUGUCAUAAUACAAUGUAUGGUUUCAUUCAGUAUGUACUGCAGAGUUAAAAUGUUUUUUUAAUGCUUAUAUUCUCAAGGAAUAUACAUUGUCACAUGUUAAAUCUUUCACACAAUAAAGCUUAAACUGAUGCAUUUGA